UUACGGCUAGUUUUUCUUGGAUGUUAAGACGGUAUUAUUUAGCCAUCGACAAAAGGUACCCCUACACACAUUCCACUUAUUUUUAUCGUUUCAAAUAAGGGAUGCAAAAAGGGGGAGAAACUUUCGUCAGCUGCGCACAAAAAGGUGAUGUGAAAUCAAUGCAAACCUUGUUGACCAACGAAGAACUUAACGCAGCUGAGGUUCUUCAGUACAGCCGGCCUCGCUCCGGUGACAGGGCGGUGCACCUAGCUGCCAGGCACGGCCACGUCCGGGUGCUAGAGUUUCUCAAAGCUGAGGGUGCCGAUUUUGAAGCUGCAAAUUUGGACGGAAAACGAGCCUUGCACGAAGCCGCAGCGUCUGGAAAUGGCAACUGUGUGACUUUCUUGCUGUCAUCAUCGGGCGUUUUGGUUGACCCACUGAAAAGAGCAGAUUGGACACCUUUGCAUCUAGCCUGCACCAAAGCAGACAAAGAUGUCAUCAAGCAACUCAUUGAACACAAAGCUAACCCAAGACUAAGAAACAAAGAUGGCUGGAAUGCCUUCCACAUAGCUGCCAGAGAGGGACACGUGGAAAUCCUGAGCUACCUCCUGGACAGCAUACCGGACCUGUGGGAUACAGUCAGUAAUAACGGCCGCACACCUCUACAUACAGCAGCAUUGCAUGGUAAACUUGAGGCAGUGAAUUUACUGUUGACAAGAGGCAAGUAUCCAGUUGACCAGGCAGACAGUUGCGGAUCUACUCCUCUGAUGGAUGCUUUGAGAGAUGGCUUUGUGGAUAUAGCUCAGCGCCUUGUGGAUCAACAAAGGGCAGACGUGCACAAAUGUGACAUCCUUGGACGCACAGCAUUACACCUUGCUGCCCAGGCCGGCUGUCAAUCAUCUGUCACUUUCCUUGUCAAUCAGCGACAGGUGGAUGUGGACACGCCCACCUCAAAGGGUGGACACACAGCAUUGCACCUGGCAGCUAAGGAGCGUCAUUCUACAAUGCUAGAAACACUACACUCUCUUGGAGCCAACAUCAAUGCCACAGAUGACCGAGGCAGAACAGCAUUGCACAUUGCUGCGGGUAUUCAAAACCGAGCAUGCGUGGAAACCCUGUUGAGAUUGGGCGCGUUGAACUGCCCGGAUAAGAAUGGUAUCACACCAAGCCAGCUGGUGAAAAAGCAGGAGGUGCUACAAGUCUUUGAGGACACGUGAACAAUGAGUUGGUUAACAAGCUGGAAAUGAUCUGGGAAGCUGCGGCCCAACUGUAGACCUGUUGUAGCCUAUAAGUCAUGUACAUGAUGUACAAGUCUGUGUAAUAAUAUAAUGCACUACUACUCACGUGGCUGUGACUAUCAAUUGAAAUAAAGGAUUCGUAUUUGUUGAAUGUCA